AUAAAAAAUUUAACAAGUGGGCAUGUCUUGACAAGCAACAGAAGCCAAAUGACUUGAACCUGUCUCAUAAUAUUUUCUAAUUGUUUAAUGCAUGGCUAAAAAAUCUAGUCCUAGGGAAGUAUCAAGCAGCUUUGUUUAUGGCGGCAACAAAAAGUAUGAUCAUCUUCCUCUUCUUUUUUAUUAUGACUUGCCGGUUGAAGUUUUCUAUUUCACAAAGUUGGAUCAAAGCUGGUAACUGGUAUGCUGGUAGUGAUUUUCCCAUAUCAGAAAUAAAUUCUGCCUUGUUUACUCACCUUAUAUGUGCUUUUGCCAAUGUAGACUCUUCCACCUACCAGCUCUCCAUCCCAUCUGCCAAUGAACAAUACUUCUCAAGCUUUAGUGGUACCAUCAGAGGCAAAAGUCCAUCAGUUACAACUCUUCUGUCAAUCUGGAAUGGACAGAAUGCAACAAGUCAAUCCAUAUUGGGCAAAAAAGUGAACUAUUCAGUUCUAUCUUCAAUGGUUAGUGAUCUUUCUCAUAGGAAGUCUUUUAUUGAAUCUUCCAUAAAAACCGCCAAGCGUUAUGGAUUUCAAGGGAUUGAUUUGUUCUGGCUGUGGCCCAACGGUACAGACUUGAAUAAUAUGGGAAGGCUUUUAGAUGAGUGGAGAGCUGCAAUUACUUCUGAUGCGAGAAACUCUAGUGAGCCAGAACUAAUACUGACAGCGGCUGUUCGGUACAUUCCAAAUCAUGAAACUGUGAGUUAUCCGAUUGAAUCGAUGAAAAGGAACUUGGACUGGGCACAUGUGGUUGCAUAUGACUAUUUUCUGCCGUCCAGGGAUAACGUUACGGGCACCCAUGCUGCUUUGUACAACCCUGCAAGUAAUAUUAGUACUGAUUUCGGUAUAAACAACUGGUUAAGCAGAGGAUUUCCAGCUAACAAACUGGUUCUGGGUGUGCCUUACCAUGGCUAUGCAUGGACACUAGCGAACCCAAAUGACAAAGCUAUCGGCGCACCUGCUUCAGGGCCUGCUAUCACCAUUGAUGGUUCCAUCGGGUACAAGUUAAUCAGGGCAUUCAUUCAGAAUUAUGGUUACGGAGCUGCUUCCGCAUACAAUGCUACCUAUGCAGUGAAUGUAUUCACCAUUGGAGCAACUUGGAUCAAUUUUGAUGGAGUUGAAACGAUUCGAGCAAAAAUUGCUUAUGCCAAGGAGAAGAAACUCCUUGGUUACAAUGCAUUUCAGCUGUCUAAUGAUGAUAAUUGGGCACUUUCUCUGGCAGCUUCUGCAGAAAAGGAGAAUCAGGAAAAUAGGAGGCGAUUACUGCUGACGAUUUUGCUUCCAAUUGCUUCAGUUUUUAUCCUAACAGCCUGCAUGAUUUGUUACUUUCAAAGAAAAGUAAUCAAGAUAAAAGGGUCGAUUUUUCGAAGCAGAAGAAGCAUAACUAUUCCCCAAAACCAUGAAAGCAAUGCUCCAAAUCUGCAAGUUUUCAGCUUUGCCAGCAUCAAAGACGCUACAAACAACUUUUCUAAUGCAAACAAGCUAGGUGAGGGUGGAUUUGGCCCUGUAUAUAAGGGUCAAUUACAUGGUAAUCAGGAAAUUGCAGUCAAGAGACUUGCGACAACAUCUACUCAAGGACUGGAGGAGUUUGAAAAUGAGGUUUCACUUACUGCAAGACUUCAGCAUGUGAAUCUACUUAGAGUUUUGGGAUAUUGCAUUGAAAGAGAAGAAAAAAUGCUGAUAUAUGAGUACAUGCCGAAUAAAAGCUUGGAUAAGUAUCUCUUUGACCCAAUAAGAGGAUAUGUGUUAGAUUGGCAAAAGCGUGUGAACAUUAUUGAAGGGGUUACUCAAGGACUGUUAUAUCUUCAAGAGUACUCGAAUUUCACUAUCAUUCAUCGAGAUGUGAAAUCGAGCAACAUUUUGUUAGACGCUGAAAUGAACCCGAAGAUAUCAGAUUUUGGAAUGGCUAGACUUUUCAACAAAGACGUGUGUGAAGCUAACACAGGCAAGAUUGUAGGAACAUAUGGCUAUAUUCCUCCUGAAUAUGCACGGAAAGGGAUCUACUCCAUGAAGUAUGAUGUUUAUAGUUUCGGAGUUCUACUUCUGCAAAUCAUAAGUGGCAAGAGGAAUACAUGCUACUACGGCGCAUACGAAAAUUUGAACCUUCUUGAAUAUGCAUAUGAACUUUGGAAAGGUGGCAUAGGCAUGGAGUUUAUUGAUCCAUCACUCGACGAUUCAUCUUCGUCGUGUAAAAUCAUGAGAUGUAUGCAAGUGGCACUAUUAUGUGUACAAGAAAAUCCAGUGGAGAGACCAUCCAUGUUGGAAGUUUUCUCGAUGCUCAAGACUGAAACAAUGGCUAUUCCUACUCCUAAAAAGCCUGCAUUUUCUGUAAACCGUGACGAAAAUAUCGGAAGUAGCUCAACAUCCAGGCAAGAAGUUUACUCUUUCAAUGAUUCACAACUUUCCGAGUUGGAACCCAGAUGAGAUUAUAGGGUUUCAUGAAUGAUAAUCAAGAGGGAUGUGUUUUGAGCCUCACUAUUUGACUCUUGACCGUAGUCGAAGUGUAAGUCAAGGUAUUAUAUAUUUAUACUACAAUACCUAGCAAAUAACUUGAAUGAUCCUCUGUCUAUCACACUAAUCCUCUGGAUCCCAGGGUCUAUUGAACACCCAAUAUUUUGUAGGAUUCGAACACAAGACCUCUGGAUAAUUCAUCCAGAUGGUUAAAGUCUUGUCGUCUGAUCACAAAGCUAAUGGUUUCCGCUACCAUAUCUUAUAUCUAAUUAAUUAAAUGACAUUUAUUAUUUAUUCAACAACCUUUGUACCAUACUCUUUCAAUGAAUUAAUACACAAUAAAUAAGCUCUUAAAUGAUAGUAAUAAAUAUGUUUUUAAGGACAUUUUAAUAUAAAUUAGAGUUUGCCCUUGGAAAUUCACUUGAUAAUAAUAAAGUAUAGGAGUAUGUAUAUGGUAAUGUUAAACUUUAAGAAAUUGUAAGGUUAAAUGUGAUAUUAAUUAAAAGUAUAAGGGCCUAUAAGUAUUCUUUUGUACUAUACCGAAAUAGUAUUUAGCAUAUGAGGGACUCUAUUGAUAUUAUCCAAACGGCGCCGUGUUUUAGCUCAUAAAUAUACAACACGCAUUUGAGGUGAACAAUCCAAAUUCCAAAACUCCUUUACUCUUCUCAGUCUCUCUUUUACUUCUCACUCUCUUUACUCUCCACCGCUUUCGGCGGCAUCUAGACGGAAUUUUCGCCUGAAUCUUGGUCGGACUCUUGGCGGCUUUGUUCUGCUGAGUUGGCGGAACUCUCACUCAGUUCUCGGGAGUGCUCAAAUUGGCGGCAUUUUUUCGACGCGGUGGAUUUUCUAAUUGGUCGUGUUCUAGUCGUUGAUCUUGGCCUACGUUGAGUCUCAGUUUCCGGAAUCUUCACACUGACGAGAUGAGUUCUAAAAGAAACGGUGAAAUACCUGUUGCGGCUGGUGCUAAUUGCAACCCAUCCUUUAAGGGAAAAAAUGUUAUUGAAGCCUAUGAUAUCAGCGGGGAUCCAGCCCAAGAUGAUGAUGAUGACAUUGAGGUAAUGCGAAGGAGGUUUAUGCAAGGAAGUCCAGCAAAACCCUGGGCUACCCAAGAUUCUAGUACAAAGGGAUGGGGACGUCCAGAUAUGGUUCAAAAAUCAGGCAUGCGCAACAAUGGGGGCUCUGGAAGGAAUCCUGGGAAAACCUGGGCACAAACUGCUGACUCUAGGACACAACCCAGUUGAGGUAAUGCGAAGGCCACGGCUAACCAACAGGAUGCCUGAGAAAAAUUAUAUGGCCCCACAACCUGUGACUGGUUCUACUCCGUCAAGAGGUUUUGAAGAUGGCCAAAAAGACAAAAGUGUCUCUGAAGCCUACGAGGAUGAUGCUGAUGAAAAUUAUGAUGAUGACAUUGAUGACAAAUCCGAUGCUGUAGAUAUUUCAGAUGAUGAACUUUUAGCGAUGACUUGAUUCAGAUACCA